AACCUACCUAACCAGCAUCCCAGCAUAUGCUGGUUUUUUCACCAGGGUAGUUUUAAGCAGGGAACUAUUCCUAAAUCAUCUGUCUUAUAUCACUGACAGUAUAUCCUCAGAAAACCGCCACAUAUUCACCCGGAACUACUGAUUUCAACAGGUUAUUCUGACAGAACAUCUCAUCACUCCAAAUCGCUCAUUCGUAUCACCCCAGAGGUGUAGUUGCGCUGUUUCGCCGCUGCUGAAGGGGGCGCUCUGACACUCUCUGCGCCUCACGUCCAGUGUUUAUACGCAGAGCUCACCGAACAGUAGUUACUUCCGGCGUUGAGACAGCGAACAGAGCUCUAAACUUAUGUACACUGUCAAAUAAACUUUUGUACCGCAUUGUACCUCUCUUUUAAAGGUUAUCGCUUGUAUGUUUUGUUUUAUGCGGCUGUAGGUUGUCUCUCGCGAUGCCUGUGCUCUCAGAGAGCUAAAGCUGUACAAAUAUUAACAUGAGAAGUAUUUAAAUGGACGUACAGUGGUAAAGCUGUUAUUAUGGCUGCUCACCACAACACUACAUCAGAGGACGAUUUCCCCACUCUGAAGCCGAGACGCAUCCAAAACCAAAACGUCGUCCACCGGCUAGAAAGGCGUCGGAUUUGCUCCGGUCCUGUCGGGGCUCAUUGGUACCGUGUGCGUUGCUUCCACCAGAACCUGUUCCCUAACUUCACAGUAGUGAACGUGGAGAAACCUCCCUGCUUCCUGCGUAAGUUCUCCCCUGACGGACGAUGCUUUAUUGCAUUUUCCUCUGAUCAGACCUCCUUGGAAAUCUAUGAGUACCAAGGAUGCCAAGCUGCUGAAGAUCUUCUCCAGGGUCAGGAGGGAGAAACGCUGGCCAAUGGGAAUGACCAGCGCUCCCUCAACAUCAGAGGCAGACUCUUUGAACGGUUCUUUUCCCUUCUUCAUGUAACCAACGUGGCCUCCAACGGUGAGCACUUGAAUAGGGAGUGCAGUCUUUUCACCGACGAUUGCCGUUAUGUGAUCGUCGGCUCGGCUGCUUACCUGCCUGAAGAACCUCAUCCACACUUUUUCGAGGUGUAUAGAAACAAUGAAUCUGUGACACCGAAUCCACGGUCUCCUCUUGAGGACUACUCUUUGCACAUCAUAGACCUGCACACAGGCCGGCUGUGUGAUACACGCACCUUUAAGUGUGACAAAAUCAUUCUUUCACACAAUCAGGGACUGUACCUGUAUAGAAAUAUACUGGCUGUGCUUUCUGUGCAGCAACAGACCAUACAUGUCUUUCAGGUGACACCGGAAGGAACCUUCCUUGACGUGCGCACCAUUGGUCGUUUUUGUUACGAGGAUGACCUGCUGACGCUGUCUGCAGUUUACUCCGAGGCCCAGGCUGAAGGCCAGCCCGGUUUCUCCCGUCUGUACAAGGAGAAAACCAUCAACUCCUUAAAGCACCGUCUGCUGGUGUACCUGUGGAGGAGGGCAGAACAGGACGGCAGCGCCACGGCCAAACGCAGGUUCUUUCAAUUCUUCGAUCAGCUCAGGCAGCUGCGCAUGUGGAAGAUGCAGCUCCUGGAUGAACAUCACCUGUUCAUAAAAUACACCAGUGAAGACGUGGUCACGCUGAGGGUCACCGACCCCUCACAGCCCUCUUUCUUUGUGGUUUACAAUAUGCUAACCACCGAAGUUAUUGCGGUUUUCGAGAAUACUUCAGACAAACUUCUGGAGCUUUUUGAAAACUUCUGCGACCUCUUCCGGAACGCCACGCUCCACAGCGAGGCCGUGCAGUUCCCCUGUUCUGCUUCCAGCAACAACUUUGCCCGUCAGGUGCAGCGCAGGUUUAAAGACACCAUUGUGAAUGCCAAAUACGGAGGGCACACAGAGGCAGUCAGAAGGCUUCUCGGGCAGCUGCCCAUCAGUGCUCAGUCCUACAGCAGCAGCCCGUAUCUGGACCUCUCCCUCUUCAGCUAUGAUGACAAGUGGGUGUCUGUCAUGGAACGGCCAAAGACCUGUGGCGAUCAUCCCAUACGGUUCUACGCAAGGGACUCAGGGUUGCUGAAAUUUAAGAUCCAGGCAGGCCUGCUGGGCAGACCCAUUAACCACGCGGUCAGGAGACUGGUCGCGUUCACCUUCCAUCCCUUCGAGCCGUUCGCCAUCUCUGUGCAGCGCACCAACGCCGAAUACGUCGUCAACUUUCACAUGCGGCACGGAUGCGUAUGAUAGCGCACGUGUGUGAGUAGAGACGUGCGAUUUGAGAGACUCACGGAGCUAUGUUUUGUUUUAUAUACUUUUUAUAUUAAAGUUUUAUUUGUUACAAAUGUGAUGUGUUUUAUGCAUUUGCACUCUAAGUGUUUUAGCUUUUCUUUUAGCAAAUGUGCAAAAUAAAAUGGUUCAUUUAUAUUACAGUAUUGUUUGACCCAUUGUCCUGACUUGUCUCGCUGAAGGUGAAAGAUUAUUGUCAAAACAGAUGUUUUGUGUUUCAGCAAACAGGCAGAACAUUAAGACAUUGUCAGUUCACAUUCGUCAUCUGGCAUUUUUGAAUAGCAGAGAAAGUAUGGAACAUGCUAAUGCCCCCUUUUAGCAGUUUCCCCCCUCGAAAGCUUAAUGAACUAGUUCAGCUUCCAUUACCAAGCCAGCUCCCACAUAGUCGACCAGCAUUAACCAAAAAAACGGAGGUGGGUUCGAAGCACGCAACACCACAGCAACACUAAUGCCACAAUAAUAACAACAAAAACUAAUUCUGAAAUUGAUUCAUUAUAGCCAGUUGACUAAGUGAGAGGCUUCCCUGUGGGAAUACGAUUGUUCAGUUGAUAGAGCAGAGGUUGAAGAAAAUGCAUCUGUUUUAACAAGCACUUCAGCGCUGAUUGAAGGACAAUUUUCAAUACGGGAGAUUGCGACAGCUUUGAAACGCCAGCGUUUUGUUUGAACUUCCAUACGGAGGGGAAAGAUUUUUUCCUCUUCAUAAUGAAGCCGAAAUACAAUUAGAACUAAUAAAUCGAAGGCGUAAAUCCCAGACG